CAUGUUGAGGAUGACGCUCUUGAUGAGGCACCUGAGAUGAUGUGCCGUCCAACAGAACAGCCAAAUCCUGCUAGUGAUGAACCCCCUCCUACGCGAGCAAAAUCUGGCAAAAAGAAAAAACGCGAAAAAUGGUGCAGCAUGCCCAACUGUGGGAAACAAAAGGCUGGGAAGCUGAAGGAUGAUACAGUGCUUUGUUCGGAGCACUACCUCCAACAUCGUGCACAGCAACCCCAAAGUUGGACCACACCCCCACCAAGAACCUGCAGACACACGGAGUGUAAUUUCCCUGCGGAGCCUCACCAAGAUCGCCAGCUCCUUUGCGAACUGCACAGAUUUGACUAUACUGUGGACAAGGCAAAAAAGGAGCAGGCCCGGACUGAAAUGGAAGCAAAUGCAUUUGUUAUUCGUGUCAGAAAGAAAAUGGAGAAACCAGAGGAGCGGGAAGCACAAUGUGAAAGACUCAGGUCCAUGAAGGCUUUGCAGGAUGGAUCAUACAUUCCGACAAACUUACCAGCAAAGCUUCGGAAACUCCCAAAUCAUCGAUUUAGCAACAUCCAGUUCCAUAAUGAGCAGGUGUUGCAAUUGAUGAUGAAAGGCAAUGACGCUCAGUUGGACGAGAACUUCAAGACUGACAAAAGUCAGAUCGAUGUCUUGGGAAAUGAGGAAAUGGGUCUCCUGGUCGAUCAAAGCAUCCCUUAUGACAAGGACAGCUUUGUUGCUAACAUUGCUGAGGAUAGUCGCAAACGCUACUUGGAACACAGGGAUCCAAAGCUUCGAGAAGAGUUGCUGGAAAUUGCCUUGGCUGCCCAUAUCAAUUUGUCCGUCCCCGGUGAUGAUGAUAAGGCUCCUGCUCUUUUUAAUGCAGCAGAGUACCACCGCGGCAAUUCUUCUGCCAAAAUCCAGUACUUUCCACAUCACAAGGACAAGAACUGUUUCACUAUGGUGUCGAUCUAUGUGGUGGAAGGAGAGAGUUUUAACUUUGUGAUUGUGCCAGGUGGACCAGAUGAGGGUCCUGACUUUGAUACUGAACAUGGAGACUAUGGGGAAUACGAUGAUUGGAAGGGAACUCUUGGCGUCGAGGACCUUAAGAAUGUGGAGCUGUAUGAGAAUGCCUUGAAGGACAAACGCAAUCAAUUUUAUACGAAGGGGCAUCACUCCAUUGUUGUCUACAAGUUGACACCCGGCCAGCGUCUCAUCUUCAAGGCUCAGUGGCUCACUCAUGGGGUUAUUGUUCCAGGAAACCAGCAACGCUCCGUGAUCAUUUUCCAUGACCUGCUUCCAAAAUGGUCGACUUUCCGUGCUGUCAAGAAGCUCAAGUCCAGCAGGGCUGCCAAGAAGGGUCGGGAUGAGCCAACGAAGGGAACGGCCAGCACUUCGCGGGCUUCUGCCCGUGCUAGAAGUAAGAGGGGAGCUGCCAAGAAGAAGGAAGCGAUGACCACCUCUUCUGCAACUUCCUCUGGGAACAAGGCCAAGCGCAGUAGAAAGCGCAAGUAUUAA